UCUUUCAUCUCGCCAUUUACAUCCCCACCGAACCCCAACAAACCAUCCUCAAUCGGUUGGUCAGUCAUUAUGGAUUCAUACGAGGAGCUAACGGGCGAGGAGCCACCCACCAUCGAUCCUUAUGAGGUUCUCUCCCUGGACAAGACUGCCACUCCGGAACAGGUCAAGGCCGCGUACCGAAAGGCCGCAUUGAAGAACCACCCUGACAAGGUCCCUGAGGACCAAAAAGCCAGCGCGCACGAAAAGUUCCAGCAAAUCGCCUUUGCGUACGCGGUGCUGUCGGACCCGGCGCGGCGGUCUCGGUACGACGCAACGGGCUCGACGUCCGAGUCGAUUGUGGACUCUGACGGCUUCGACUGGAGCGACUUCUACCGGGCGCAGUUCGCCGACGCCGUGUCGGGCGAGGCCAUUGAGAAGUUUGCGCGCACGUACAAGGGCUCCGACGAGGAGCGCGACGACGUCCUGGCCGCGUACGAGGCCGGCCGCGGCGACCUCGACGUCGUCUACGAGUCCGUCAUGCUCAGCAACGUCCUCGAGGACGACGAGCGCUUCAGGGGUUGGAUCGAUGAGGCCAUCGCCAAGGAGGAGGUCGAGGCGUUUAGGGCGUACACCAAGGAGAGCAAGAAGAAGAGGGACAAGAGGGUCAAGGAGGCCAAGGGUGAGGCGGCAGAGGCGGAGGAGUAUGCCAAGGAGCUCGGGGUGCAUGGCAAGCUGUUUGGUGGUGGAGCUGCCGGGGAGAGCAAGGGUAAAGGGAAGAAGAAGGCUGCGGGCGGCGAGGAUGCGCUCGCGGCCCUGAUCAGGGGCAGGCAGGCAGAUCGGAUGGACGCCCUGGACCGGCUGGCCGAGAAGUACGGUGCCACUGCACCCAAGGGGAAGAAGAAGGGCAAGAAGCGCGCGGCGGAGGACGAGGACGAGGAGGACGGCGACGAGCCCUCGGAGGAGGCAUUCCAGGCUACACAGGCCCGCCUCUUUGGCAAGAAGUCGGGCGGGGAGAAGGCAGCUGGAGGAUCUACGAAGAAGCGAACUAGGCGUGGCUGAUUCUGUGCUACGCUGAAUUUGUAGUAAUUGGUCAUGGUCAUGGACAUGGCAAAGGCAUCACUGUUGGGGGUUUCUGGCGUUACGAUUUGCAUUAUUAUUUGUGUUUUUUUUUCACGAACAGAUGGAUAUACCACUUUGGAGGGAUUGCAUGGCGUUACAAGGGAAGGACUCAGGAGAUAGUUUGAAAAAAAAAAAAUUAGGGCUUCAGUCAGAAUAAGGCUCAAAG